AUGCCCGCCAAGGUGGCGGACUUGACUGUCCGUCGCUGUGACCCCGCCGAAUUUUCAGACUGCGAUAUUAUUUUCUCCGGGCUGGACCCAGAUGCCGCGGGCGAGAUUGAGAUGGCCUUCCUCAAGGCGAAUUUCGCCGUUUUCUCCAAUGCAAAGAACUAUCGACUGGAUCCCAUGGUACCGUUGGUGGUGCCCCUCGUUAAUGCGGGGCAUAUUGAUGUGAUCCCCGCACAGAGGAAGCAUUUCGGUCUUGAUAAGGGAAUGCUGGUGUGCAAUUCCAACUGCGCUGUUGUAGGAUUGGUUGUCCCGGCGAAGGCUCUCAUUCAGAAGUUUGGACCCAUCGAGUCAGUGAGCAUGGUUACCAUGCAGGCUGUCUCAGGAGCCGGUUAUCCUGGUGUCAGCAGCAUGGAUAUAUUUGAUAAUAUCGUUCCAUACAUUCCCGGUGAAGAAGGAAAAAUAUCUAGUGAAGCACGCAAGAUUCUAGGAGACCUUAACUCCGAUCUAGCUGGAUUCAGUGACCAGAAACCCCUUCAGAUUUCUGUUGCUUGUAACCGUGUCCCCGUCCUUGAUGGUCACACCGUCUGUGCAUCUCUCCGUUUCGUUAACCGCCCUCCACCUACCGCAAGCCAAGUACGUGAGGCUUUACGGGAGUACAAGCCAGAAGUCCAGACAUUAGGAUGCCCCUCCGCUCCCAAAGAGAGCAUUCACGUCAUGGAUGAAGUAGACCGACCACAGCCUCGUCUUGAUAGGGAGACUGAAGGCGGAUAUGCCUGCACUGUAGGCCGAAUCAGAGAAGAUGACAGUGGCGUCUUUGAUAUCCAAUUCGUUGCUCUUAGCCACAAUACUGUUCUCGGGGCAUCCGGUAGCAGUAUCUUGAAUGUGAGUUUUCAUUUCCCGCCUACAGUACAUGAAUAA